AUGAUGGAACUCGAUCACGUCACUUCCUAUCUUCCUCACGCCAGUUCGGAACAGACACCAGCAACCGCGGACUCUGCUAUCUCGAUCCCAUCCAGAAGUCGAUCGGUUGCCAUCAUCUUCUCCAUCACAUGUAUCACCGGAAUCAGCAACCUUUUGGCCGGCUUGUUGACGGUUUGUAUACCAGUGAUUGCGAUAGACUUGGGCAUAGAACCUGGAGUUCAGUUAUGGCCAGCUUCGGCUUUUGCUCUAGCCUGCGGGUGUACGUUGCUUCUCUGCGCCACGGCUGCGGAUUUACUCGGCUGCCGGCGCGUCUGUCUACUAGGCGCUAUGCUUCAAGCCGGCAGCGCAUUGGGCGCCGCUCUUUCGAGAACUCCAACUCAGCUUAUCGCUCUUCGUGCUUUCGCGGGUGUCGCAGCGUCAAUGUGCCUACCCAGCGCCACGGGCAUUGUGUCGUCAACUUUUCCAACUAAUUCCAGGCCGCGCGCGCGGACUGCUGCUUUUUCCGCUAUGGGUGGUGGCCAAGCUGUCGGGUUCGGAUUAGGUCUUGUCCUAGGCGGUCUUUUCAGCGACACAGUUGGCUGGCGAUGGGGCUUCCAUGCUACAGCGAUUCUCAAUGUGCUUGUGCUGGUCAUCGCCAUUUGGUCGCUGCCAGUAAGCGUUGACGAUGCUGCACCCUUAGGCAGGGACACUGCUUUCCGCCUCCGAACCGAGCUAGAUUGGCUGGGAGCAUUGAUCAUCAGUACGAGCUUAGCAUUCUUGUCGUAUGUCCUAGCCGUUGUCACGGACUCUGACGCCAGCUAUCGCAUGCGACAACCGCUCAAUAUUGUAUUCCUUAGCGUCGGUGUGGUCCUCCUGCCUGUACACGUAUUUUGGAUGCACCAUCAAAAGCUACAGGGUCGACCAGCUCUAAUUCCCAAUGAACUAUGGCAAAGCAAGCCGUUCACAUCAGUCUGUAUCACAGUCUUCCUUGUUUGGGGGGCUCUCAACGCUAGCGAGCAGCUCACAGCAUUAUAUUUACAGGACGUCCGCGGAUUCUCUACGUUGACGUCCUCCCUAUACUUCCUUCCUGCGCCAGUAUGCGGCAUUCUCACGAAUAUUGCUGUUGCUAUCUUCUUGCCGCGUCUGAAGGCGUCAUAUGCCGUACCCGUCGGUUGUCUCGUUAGUGGACUUGCGCCGCUUUUACUAGCAGCAUUAUGCAAAGUUCAGGGACCCAGCUAUUGGGAGGCCAUCUUCCAAGCAAUGGCCAUCAAUCCAAUCGGAGCGGACUUGAUGUACACUAUUGCUAUGUUAGUAGUCACAGACGCAUUUCCGUUAAAGACGCAAGCGUUAGCGGGUGGUGUAUUCAAUAUGGUUGCUCAGAUCGGAAAGAGCGUCGGCAUCGCUACGACCGCAAUCAUAGCGCAACAAGUAUCCUUACUUGCAAAAGGCGUCGAUACAAGAGAAGUACUUCUUCGAGGGUACCAUGCUGGGUGGUGGUACAAUUGCGGGCUGAGUUUUGUUUCUGUAGCCGUGAGCCUAUGGGGGCUGAGGAGCGUUGGGAGACUGGGUGUGAAGCGUGACUAG